UAUUACACACAGCACCUCCCAUACGUUGUAAUCGCCGAUUAGAUUUGGUAUAAAAUCGCCAGCAACCGAACUAGAGGCAUCAGUCAUUCAACUGCUUUAACCAAUUCACUAUUCAAUCAACAUGAAGCUCAUCAUUUUCGCUGCUCUACUAGCCGUCGCUGUAGCGGGUUAUUCAAAUUCCCCGGCUUAUUCUUACCAAACGUCGUCCGAGAUGGCCUCUUCUGAAUUCUCGUACGGAGGGCCAACUUAUUACGCAUCAGAGAGACGAUACGCCAAUGCCGAUGAGGAGGACGAUGAUAGUGGAGACGAUGAAGAAGAUGCCGAUGCCAAGGAGAAAAGCGAAUCAGACGCUGAAGCCGACAAGAAUAAAGGGUCUUCUGAGCAGAAGUCUUUAGAUACUGCCAGCUCUGAUGCCCACAAAGAAGAAAAAUCUGAGGAUAAAUAUGAGGCCAAUGCCCAAACGGAAAGUGAAAUCCAAUAUCCUAAGUACGAUGAAUCUGAAUCCACAACUGGCUCCUACUCCGCUCCAUCUUACUCCGCUCCAUCUUACUCCGCCCCAUCUUACUCUGCUCCAUCUUACUCCGCCCCAUCUUACUCCGCUCCAGCUUACUCUGCUCCAGCUUAUGCUGCUCCAGCUUACGCUGCCCCAGCAUACUCUGCACCAGCUUACGCUGCUCCAGCCUAUUCUGCUCCGGCCUACUCUGCUCCGGCCUAUUCUGCUCCGGCCUACUCUGCUCCGGCCUAUUCUGCUCCGGCCUACUCUGCUCCGGCCUAUUCUGCUCCGGCCUACUCUGCUCCGGCUUAUUCUGCUCCGGCCUACUCUGCUCCGGCCUAUUCUGCUCCUGCUUACUCUACUCCUGCACAUUCUGCUCCAGCAUAUAGAGAGCCAGAAUAUGUGUCUACUUCGUAUUUCGACUCAGUUUAUACUGCCCCAUCCAAUGGGAAUAGAAUUAGCAGUCUUAGCGGCCAAAGAACUAAGACUCUUAACUCCUACGAAGUCCCAAUGACUGUUGUGCCUUAUUGGCUUCGCCCAAAGAACUAAGGGUUUCAACCACAACAGCAAAUCUUUCCUUCCAUUUUCAAAACUUGUAAACUGUAUAAAUACUGUCUUUCCCUAAUACUGUAUUUUGCAAAGAGAUUAUGCAAUAAAUAUCGUUAUUUAU